UUUUACCGCGACAUUUUCGCGCGGAAAGCCGGGCGUUAUCCAGCCGUGGAAAAUUGAAAAGUGCUAUGUACUCUUAUUGAAUUACCAUUUGUGUAACACAAUAACUGUCCUUUAGAUAUUUAAGUUGAUUUAAGUGCAUAAUUAGACUAAAAUAUAGUGUAUUUGUGAUCAUUUUCUGAACAUCAUAUCUGGUGUAGAAGAUUUUUUUUUGUAUGAAAUUUUUGGAUUAUUUGUGAAUGACCAGAUAGUGGGAGGGGAGUCAGCUGAUUUUCCACCCUCAUUAUGGCGCAGGCAGGAUCCUCCUCUGAGUCUUCAGAAAAGCGAUGCAGCUUGAAGAGGAAGAGGAAUUCAACAGAUGAUGAGGUGGAAAAUAUGCCUCCUCUGAAAAUUUCUGCACAACUCGAAGAAGAGUUGUGCGACCAGCCGGCACAUAAUGUUGUGGUGGAGUCGUCCUCCUGCUCGAGUGAUGACGAAGGUGGAGAUCCACCGAGAAUUGCAUUCACUGACCUAGAUUAUAAUGCGGAUAGUUUACUAAGCCCACCGAGUAUACCUGAACUACCAAACUGUGUGCUGAGCCCCUUGGAGAAUGUGGCCAGAGGUGACUGCACUCCACACUCAAAUAAGAGGCUAAACACAAAUAAACCCUUGUGCCCUUCGCCACCAAAGAGGAAGUGUCCUCUGCCAGGACUGUCCUGGGCGGACCCAGUGGAUGUGUGGAGGAGCAUGUGCGAGUGUGACGCCAGGUCCAGCAUGAGAAGGAACCCCAACAUGCUGGACAACCAUCCCAAUCUCCAGAGCAGGAUGAGAGCUAUCCUCCUUGACUGGCUGAAUGAGGUGUGCGAAGUGUACAAGCUGCACCGGGAGACGUUCCACCUCACGGUGGACUACGUGGACCGCUACCUCGCCAACACCGCCGACGUCGAGAAGGGCCGCCUGCAGCUGAUAGGAAUAACAUGCCUCUUCAUAGCCGCCAAAGUUGAAGAGGUUUACCCACCGAAAAUUGGCGAGUUCGCCUACGUCACCGACGGAGCCUGUACCACCGAGGAAAUACUACUAGAGGAGCUGCUAAUACUGAAGAUACUAUCGUGGAACAUCACACCAAUAACCAUCAACAGCUGGUUAAAUAUCUACAUGCAGUUAGCGAGCGAAGGCAGGUCGGCCAAGCGGAGAUUGUUAGGGGAGAGUGAUAUAGGAGCGAACGCUCUACGGGGUUACACUUUUGUGUUCCCCCAGUAUUCGUCCCUGGAAUUUGUGAUGUGUGGCCAGCUGGUGGACUUGGCGGUUCUGCAUGUGGACGUCAACCAGUUUUCAUACAGUACGGUGGCUGCUGCGGCCAUAGCACAUACGUUUGGCAAGGAGCUGGCUCUGAGGGUGUCAGGCUACAGCUGGGAGAGCAUAUCCCCAUGCUACCGAUGGCUGAGUGCGGGGGCGCGCGCGGUGCGGGGUGGCGCCGCGCGGGCGGUGCGGGGGGCGGACGGCGAGCACGUGCAGCGAGCCGGCGGCCUCCGCCUACUGUGCCCCCAGCUGAAUGCAGACGAGAGCCAUCGGGUGCAGCAGCAUAACGUCACGCUUGAUAUGUUUGAAAAAAUGCAAGAAUACCUAGAAUCUGCUACGGGGUUAACGGAAAGUGAGGAGGAGGCCCCGUGCAGCGAGACCGUGGUGUAUCCGCCUACGCCGCCGCACUCAGACCAGAAGAGCCCUCGUACACCUCACGCCACACCCAGCACACGGCAGACGAGCGUGCGGCUCGAUUGACUCCUGGACUAUAGUGCUCAAUCACUGACUCCUGCACUAUAAUAGUGCUCGACCACUGAUUAACGGACUAUAUUGCUCGACUUCUGACUCCCAGACUAUAGUGCUCGACCUCUGACUCCCAGACUAUAGUGUUCGACUCCUGACUUCCCGUCUUUUUUUUCGAUCACUGACUAUAGUGCUUGGACCAAUUACUGUAAAGCUCAAUGAAUUGGUGGAUUACGUCUGUGUACAGUGUGGGAAGAGUUGGAAUGAGUAUUGGUUGAGGCUAAACUACUAGAAAGUGCCAAGCCCACUCGCAAUUAAAAUUAAAAACCACCUUACAAGCACCACCACCACCAUAAUUUUAUGCCCAAAGGCAUGAAAAGUUGAUAUUCAUUACACAGUUGUUGAUUUAUAGAUUUGAUCAAUCAAGAACUGUAGGAUGUUAAAUUAUUAUUAGCUACAUGUGUAUUGUAGCAGCAUACAUAGCUGUAUCUGAUUAAAAUCUGUUUUGUACCAUGAGACAAAUUGUUUCAUAUAAGUAGAUGGCGGACCUAUGUCGGGUCGGAAUAUGACAAGUUCAUUAUGUUAGCUGAGAGUCGACUUGACACAAUCGACCGAAUUACGUUGGUCCGCCACCUGCCUAUGAAUCAAUUAUCUGAUAGUACAAGUUGCACUCACUUGACCCAUGUAUAAUAUAAUAGGCUUACGAUAGUUUAUCUUACAUCAAUAAAACAUCCGCCGUUGCUAUUAUAACAUUCAAGCAACAUAUUUAGAUAAAAUGUGAUAAUAUUGAAGUAAUUAUUACUAUCAUUUCACCAUAGACUGACCGACUAACUCAAGUCUACUAACGACGAAUCGUCAUUAUUUUUUAAUAUUAUGUUCCAUGGCAGAUAUCGGAUCUACUUUAUGUGGUGUGGUUAUGUUAAGUCAAUGACCGUCGUGAUUUGUCGACUGGACUUGACAUGACUCGACGAAAUGGUCCGCCAUCAGCCUAUAAAUCCAUUUCUCUGGUGGUACCUUCCAUUUAUAUCUCAAUUACUUGGCCAUUGUAUUUAUCACGAAAAAGUGAUUUAACAAAAUCUGCUUAUGGUUGCAAUGCAUGUUUGCCACAAUAUGCUACAAAUUUAUUUUCACACUACCGCGGUUUGUUAAUAGAAUUACUAAAAAUCAUAUCGUAGAAAUUAGUUGUUUUUACUAACCAAACCUUACAAUAGUGUAU